GUGUCGCAACCCUUCUAUCCUAUUUGCCAGAAAAACGGAAGCCGAGAGAGACUCGACGAACAGUCCGCCAUGUAUCGUCAAGCCCCGCGUCUCCUGAUCCGAGCCCUGGACGGCGGCCGCGGCGGCCGACUGAUCGGCCGGGCCUUCUCGACAGGCGUCCCGGUGGCGCCUGUGGAGGACUCGGCGUUCGUGGAAGCGUGGAAGAAGGUGGCCCCCAACCUGGAGCCCCCGAAGACGCCGCUCUCCUUCAUGAAGCCUCGCCCACCCACCCCCUCCUCCAUACCCUCCAAGCUCACCGUCAACUUCGUCCUUCCCUACCAAUCCGAGAUCUCCAACAAAGAGGUUGACAUGGUCAUUGUACCAGCAACAACAGGGCAAAUGGGUGUUUUGCCUGGACAUGUUGCCACCAUUGCAGAGCUCAAACCAGGGUUGCUUUCUGUGCAUGAUGGGAAUGAAGUGACCAAGUAUUUUGUCAGCAGUGGAUUUGCAUUCAUCCAUGCAAACUCCAUCGCAGAUAUAGUAGCUGUUGAGGCUGUUCCUGUUGACCGUAUUGAUCCAAGCCUGGUCCAGAAGGGACUUGCUGACUUCACGCAGAAGCUUAGCUCAGCUACGACAGACUUGGAAAAGGCCGAAGCACAGAUUGGGGUUGAUGUUCAUAGUGCACUCAAUGCUGCACUCACAGGUUGAGCGAUGGAUGAUGUGCCCAUCAGGAGGAAUCCCCUUGCUCAAGAGGUUGGAUUGUUUUGGGGGUGGGGGUGGGGGGUGGGGGAGAGGAAAAAUAGGGGAAAGUGUGAUUUAAUAAAUCUCUUGUUUCAAUUGAAGGGAUACUUCAAUAAUGUUGGCACCUUAUUGUCUUCCGUGGACCUUGAUGAAUUUUGUAAUGACAGACUCCCCUCUUGUUCAGUUGUGUAAAUGUCAUGCAAUGCCAUGGCUUGGUUGAGACUUCGGUAAACUUGAGAAUAGCUGAAAUAGCAGGAAUUCUGAUUGCUUUUUCACUAUGA